AAGGAUCCGGUUUUGGAAGACUUGUUUGGAGUGUUGGCUAGGUUGUGCGGAUUUUUGUCUGUGGGGAGUAGGAAGAAAAACAAUGAGCAAACAAAAGGAUUCGAUUGAGCGAGAGAUGGCAGAGUUGGAGGAUGAUGGGCGGAGUACGCCGUUGAGCGUGUUCAGCCUGCCAUUGUUGCCGGUGGUGAAGAGGUUGGAGGCCGUGCCCGGGCCGUCUACGCCAAAGUUGGCUCGUCGUGUCGGAGCUGACAGGGAGGUGCAGUUUCCAGGAGCUGUGCGGGAGCUUGCUGAAACGUUUUCAAGGUUUGACGCAGAUCGCUGGGCUCGGAUUCAUACGUUGGUGCCAGUGGUUGAUACUCAGGCUUGUACCGAUGCUGUGCGAGCUGGGCUGGAGCAGUCACUGUCUGCAAACCAAAAGCGGGUGGAGGAGCUGAGGAUUGACAACCAGCAAAUGGAAGAUGAGGCUGCUGGAUUGGAGAGGCGUCGUGCUGCUGUGGAGGAGCAGAUGAAGCAGGAUCAGGCGUUUCUGGAAAGUGCAGGGACAAUGGCAACGGCGGCUACAGCUCAGGCCAAGGAGGCCUUUUCAAUGGCGGUCGCUGCAAGUGUGGCAGCCUUGAAGAGCUCGAUUGGUGGUAAAUUCCCCUUGUUGCUGCCAAACUCGGUGGUGACGUGCAAGGAAGAAGGAUUGGUGAAAAUUUAUCGUGUCCGUGGAGGCGAUGGCGUGCAGAUUGUUGUUGGUCCGGAUUCUGACAUGAUGGAAGUAUGGAUGGACAAGGUGAAGGUGAUGGAUGGCGGGAGAUCAGUGCAGGAAACGAGAAGACAGGAGGGCGAGUCGCAGCAAGCAUUGAAGGUUGUUCUGGAUGCAGUAGUGGCUAGUCCCUUGAUGGGGUGUGUUCCACGGCCGUCGGUGGUGUCGGCAGAGAUGGAGUUCGAGGAAGAUGAUGAAGGGUCCUCAGUAUUUUUGUCCAGGAGUUCAAGGAGGACGAUGGCGGAUCUGUUUUUUGGAGGUGCUGUUGGAGAUUGGGUAUUCAAGCCUGAGGACAAGGCGGAGUAUAUCAAGAACGUAUGUGUGCGCAUGGGAAUCUCGGAGAGGAACUUCCGCCGUGUUUGGAGUAUGCGGUUGCCUGUGCCAGGGACUGCAGUGCAGAGUGUCCGGUAUAUCAAUGAUUAUUAUGGAAUCGGAGGUGAAAAACGGAUGGGAGAUGACGGCAAGGAGAAGGUUUUGGUUUUCGGGACGUCAUUGGUGGCUGUCUGGUUUCUGUGUGAUCCAGAUAAGGCGUUUCUGACAAGAGUUGGGGCGUUGGAGGACGUUCCACCAGCUUAUGAUUUUCGGCAUUUGACAGAGGGGAUGCCUUAUGAGGUGUAUCAGUAUGGUGUAAGUGGAUUAACCACUGUUGUUAGAUCUUCGAAAAGCCAGUGGACGCCGGAGGAUGUGCGUCGUCGAGUGUACCAAGAUUUGCGCCUGCACGAUGACUUCCAAUUUACGCAGCUGUGCGUUCGUGUGGGAACUAAUGACAUUAAGCAUAUGUGUAACCUGAGGUCUGGGGCAAAAUAUGCAACAAUGACGGAGUUGAACGCUGCGAUGAGGGUGUACUUUGCAAAGCUGGCAGAGGUUUUCAAGUGUCCGGUCUUUGCACUGGGCGCUCCUCCUCCAGGGAAGUGGGAAGGAGGCAGAACAAAAUUUUGA